UAGCAUUCCACCCACGCCUCGCAAGCCACCCAGUCGUCUGGUGGCUGACAUUUCCCUUUUGCGUGGCGUGCCUCCUCUGUUUGCCUCGAUCCCGUCUGCGUUGUGUUUGUGUUUGUGUUUGCCUCUGCCUCGGUUCUCAUUACCCGUCAUGGUCGCCAUGGCAGUGCCACGUGCGCUUGUAUGUGCUUUGGCGCUCCUGCUCUGCACCUCUGCUGCAACCGCAUUGGAUGUGCAAGUUGGCUGGGACCGGUCGACCUUGACCGUGAACUUCAAGACUCUCCCAUCUGUGCUGGAAUCCUUGUCCAACGUGACGGUCUUUGACGGUUCCAUUAGCAUUCUCAAUACGGUGUGCAACACAUACUCAUACGCUCAGCUCACCUCGUUCUUCGGAAACAUCCGAGAAAUCCGCGGCUUCCUCUCCGUGGCACUCUCCGAUGCUCCAUCCUGGGAUUGCGUGUCCGACCUGGGCUUCUUCGCCAACUUGCGAGUGAUUCGUGGAUUGACGGCUUACACAGAUACGGCAACGGAUGUUGCGUUGUACAUCAACCCAGCGGACAUGGCUCCAAGCCACCUGGGCUUGUCCCGCCUUCAGAUGGUGGGCAAGUACGGGAUCAAUAUUCAAGGCCUCCGUCCAAACUCUGCCAUUAUGUGCGGCAAGGGCCGGGUUGACGACGCAGGGUUUGAAGGGGUGAAUCUCACCGCCCUCCUCCCUGGUACAGCCUCGCGCGUGGGCACAUCACCGGUGAAAUUUGAAGUGACAAACGGCGAUGACGUGGCCACUGUCGAGUACAAUCAGGACCCUCCAGCCAACGGUGACUUUUGCCCAUCCCCAUUCUGCCACGCCAGUUGCAACGGGGUGUGCUGGGGCCCCGAUGCGGGUGACUGCCAGGUCGUGUGCAGCCAAGACUGCGGCACCGCUGGCUGCUUCGACACGUCGCCCGGCACCUGCUGUCCUGCGGAGUGCUUUGGCGGCUGCACAGAUGACAAUGGUGUCACCCUGUGCCAUGCUUGUGCGGAUGGGUAUCUCAUCACAAGCAACGGCACUUGCGUGCUGGACAUGGGCAACUCGUCCUGUCCCACAGGCUCCUACCCUGCCGGCCUCUUCAUCGAGCAGGUGGAGGGCUGUGACGACGACCGCGCAAUCACCCGCACCGUCAGUCACUUUUACUGCAACGACAACUGCGAGGCCAACCAGCACGACCCGCUUGCCCUUGAGGAUGGCGUGUGCGUCGACGUGUGCGCCAGCGGGCGUGAACCAAACGCAACAACAAAUGAGUGCAUUCCCCUCGCAGAGGGUGAAAUCGCCUACAAACCUUGCCGCUCUGUUUUCAAUGUUGUUGAUCGCUGUACACUUCGCUACCUUGAGGAUGAAGACUGCGACACCCUCCUCGGCAGCAUCAUCGCUGUGAAGGAUUCCUCGCCAAACGCCCUCGCAUACGCAACAGAGGCAGAGCUGCAGGUGCUGUCCAGAAUCAGACGUAUCUUGGGGUCGGUGCAGCUGACAUUUGCGCCCUUCACGUCGCUCAACGUGCUGCGAUCUGUCGAGUACAUUGAGGCCCGAGAUGGUGCACGCCCAAGUGGUGUUGACUUUGGACUGGUUUUGGUUCUGAGUCCACUGCUUCGUACUGCUCCUCUCGCGUCGCUGCGCUACGUUCCUUCUGUCUCGUUUUCUGGCAACCCCAACCUGUGCUUCUACUACUCCACCAUCGACUGGGAGGAGCUUGGGGUGACCUCUGUGUCACCCGACCCCGUGCCGGCCGCCACGUUUGGCUUCACCUUCAACCCGCUCUCGUACACAGACGACUUCGUGACCACUCACGACUCGUUUCCAAAGGAGCACCCGGCAUGCGACUCCACCUGCCACCCCCUGUGCCGGCCAGACCGGUGCUGGGGCCCCGACAUUGACGACUGCCAGCGCUGCCCAAACAACACGCUGCUGCACGAGGGGGCGUGCCUCGCAGUCGGUGAAACCUGCCCAGAUGGGUUCUACUCCAACACGUGGUCGUGCCGCCCCUGCCAUUCAGACUGCGCAGCGUGCACGGGCCCAACUGCAAGCGAGUGCGCGGCGUGUGAGGGCGCGUUGUAUCUCAAGGACUCGCGGUGUGUCCCCGGCUGCGGUGACAACUUCUUCGCCAACGCCACAACAAACGCUUGCGAAAGCUGCCACACACAGUGCAUGCAAUGCUUUGGCCCGGCGAGUGACGAGUGCGCCGAGUGCGUGGCUGGGUUUUCGCUUCGCCCUUGGAACAACACGUGCACCCCUGUGGGCACGUGCCCGACCGGCUACUUCAGUGACACUGCGACGAAGACAUGCACUGCGUGCCCCUCCAACUGCAUUGCGUGCACCGCCAACACUGCAAACGCCGUUCCGCCCAUCCUCUGCCUGCAAGCGGACGACGGGUACUAUGUGACUGGCGGGCAGGUGUUUGCUGUGGACACGUGCAUGCCUGGGAUGGAGUACGAGCAAAUGGCGCCCACACCCACGAGCAACCGCGCGUGUGCCCCCAUCACCCAGUGCGUCGUUGGCCGCGAGUACAUCUACGAGAACGCAACUAGCGUGUCGGAUCAGGUGUGCGCAAAUUGCACGGAAUGCGAUCCUGUGACGCAGGUGCGGCGUCAGGGCGCGGGCUCGUGCGAUGGUGUCGUUGACUCCGUGUGCGACUUUAUCAACGUGUGUCUGCUGGACGGGUGCAUGAACGGUGGCAACUGCACCAGCUACAACGGCACCACGCGCGUGUGCAGCUGCACAUCCGGUUUCUGUGGCGACAGCUGCCAGUUUGUGAUGGGCAGCGAUGGCGUGUGCGGCGCCACAACAGCGCAGUCGUCGACCGAGCAGCUGUUUACGGCGGUGGGCGGGGCUGCCGGCGGUCUAGUCCUCCUCGUUGUCCUUGUUGUCGUCACCCUUCGCGUGCGUGAGCGCAUCUACGGCGAGAUCUACAAGCCCGACGACAAGUUCAGGGCGCAGCACGCGCCGACGGAUGCGUGGGAGAUUGAGAGGGACCUGCUCACGGUUGGCCGGGUGAUUGGUGAGGGCCAGUUUGGCAAGGUGAGCCGUGGCCUGCUGGUCAAGUCACGCGACCCGUACGACGAGACGCCAGCGCAGGAUGUGGCGGUGAAGCAGCUCAAGGGCAACGCCAACGGCACGCAGGAGGAGGACGAGUUCUUCAAAGAGAUGGACCUCAUGAAGUCGCUUGGCCGCCACAGGCACGUGCUGAGCCUCGUCGGCGUGUGCACGCUUGAUGACCCGAUCCUGCUGCUGACGGAGUUUUCGGAGCACGGCGACCUGCGUUCAUAUCUGCGCUCGCACCGCCCAUCCCUGACGCAGCCGGAGUCCAUCUUUGAGGAGGACAAAAUUGACUUUGGCGCCCAAAUUGCCAGCGGCAUGCUAUUUCUCGCCGACAACAAGAUUGUACAUCGUGACUUGGCUGCGCGCAACAUCCUCGUCUCGUCCGGCACCGUCCUCAAAGUCUCCGAUUUCGGCCUCGCACGAGACGUUGCUGGGGAGGACAUGUACGAGAAAAAGUCUGCUGGCAAGAUUGCCUUCAAGUGGAUGGCGCCAGAGUGCAUCAACGACCGCAUCUUCACGACCAUGUCUGACGUGUGGUCAUUCGGCAUCACGCUGUGGGAGAUUGCGACGCUCGCCCGCCCGCCGUAUCCCGAGAUGAACAACUAUGAGGUGGUGCAGGCGCUCAAGACGGGCUAUCGGAUGCCGCCGCCGGACGAGUGCUCCGAUGAUCUCUACGACAUCAUGCGCCGCUGCUGGGUCGACAGUCCUGAGCGGCGACCCUUGUUCAAGGAUCUGCUUGAGGAGCUGGCCGGUCUCGCUGGCAAGUCGACUGCAGCCUAUCUUGACGACGCCGCAGGCGAGAAGCCAACCAAGCUGGCAGACGGCGUCAUUGAGCGGCUCAAGGAGGAUCCGGACCGCCCGUAUCUCAUCCCAACGCUGCAGCGCGACCAGCUGCCCGAGCUGAGCAAGCACCAGGUUGAUCUCGCCACCCUCGCAGAGGAGGACGAAGACGACGAUGGCCUGGGCUACGUGGAAGGGAAGGUUGCCACCAACUUUGAGGAGCCCGAGGAGCAAGAAGUCAAGGAGACGCGCUUGCGCUGAUUUGCGUUUGAGAGAUGGCGGUGGUGUCUGUUGUUGAUGCGGUGUGUGCCCGCUUUCUUUUCGCCAGUUGGCACACGAGCAGUUCUUAGUUACCCGCUUGUUCUUUUGCCCUUGUUUCCUCAUGCCUGUUGAUUCCUCCCAAUUGGAUGUGUGUGUGUGUGUGCGUGCGUGUGUGUGUGCGUGCGUGUGUAUGUGUGUUGUGUUGUGUUGUGUUGUGUGUUGCGUGUUGCGUGUUGCUUGUGUGUGUGUGUGUGUACAUGUGUGUGUGUGUGUGUUGCGAGACAGUUGCUGGUCUCAUGUUCUCAUGAGUUGGGACGAGUUGCCACGUUGCCCAUAAAUUUUCUACAAGCACCA